AUGUCAAAUCCAAUACCUAUCGAAUUUAAUUCUGAUGUUGAUGAAUUAAGAAAUUGCUUCCCCUCAAAUACUGGAUCAACUGCUACUUAAAGUCUAUUUGACAAUUCCAAUAUAGAUAAAAUAUUAUCUUCUGAAUAAUUUGACGAUUAAUUGGAUUAAGUAGGUAAUGUUUUUCAAAUAAUUAAAGAUCAUGAAUUCGAUUAACUCAAUUAAUAGAUGAAGAAUGUAUUACUAAAUGAUAAUUUCAAACCAUCCCUAAUUUCUGCUUUUUAAGCUGAUAUGUAAAAUUAAACGAUUUCAUUUUAAGGUCAUCUUAUAUUACACAUGAAAAAUUAACUAAAAAUUCAAGACGUAUGCAAUAUGAAUAUGAAAAUGCCAAACCUAAGGAAAGAGAAUAUGUUUUUAUGACCUUUAUAAAAAAUAACAUAAUCAACUUAAGUUUAGACAAGUAUAUGCACUAUAUAUUGGAAAAAAUUAUUGAAGUUGGUAAGAGUGACAUAAUUUAUAUAGGUCCUCCUUUGUAUAGAAAUAUUAUUUUAGAUCAAAUUUUCAAUAGAAUUAAUAAGCUUAUUACUGAUCUCUAUGCAUGUAAGGUGAUGUAGAAAGGAUUAGAAAUUAUGGCUUAAUACCCUUAAGAUUCAUAAACUUAAUUUUAGAGAUAUGCUAAUUUUAUAUUAGAAGAUAACAAUAUAAAAUUGUAUACAGACAAAAUUGCCAAUUAAAUCUUCCAAAAAUGUUUAGAAGUUUUUGAUGGCAAAAAUUUACAUAAUCUUUUACUUAUUUUGGAUAAAUAUGUAAUAUCUUUAAUUAAAUUUUUUAGAUUUUAAAUUAACAGUAAAUUGAACUUUCUACAGAUUAAUAUGGAUGUCUUAUAGUAAAUAAAAUAAUUGAUAUAUUGCCAAAAUAAAUUGAUUAAAAUUCCAAAUAAGUUGCAAAUGAUAUAAUCAUGAGAGUUAUAGAGAAUUCUUCAUGUUUAAUAAGAAGAUAAUACUCAAAUUAUAUAAUCUAAUAAAUUUUAGAGAGAGGAUAAGAAUCCCAUAAAACAUUACUAUUAGAUAAAUAUCUUAUCAAAGACUUUGUAUAGAUGUCUGUAGAUAAAUAUGGAAGCAAUGUUGCUGAAAAGGCAAUCAUUUACUCAGGACCUAAAUGGAGAUAAAAACUUUGGGAAGAAGAAGUGUCAGUCUCCGAAGAGUAAAUCCAAUCCAUUAAAUUAGGUCUUUUCGUAAAUUAGUAAAUGAUUAGUUUGCCAAUUAUCCUAUAUAAAGAUUGUAUGAAUAUUUAACUUAAGAAUAUCGAGCUGAAUUUUUAGAAUAUCUUUCAAAAUUACAUGAAAGCAACUUCUUGAAUCAUCAUGGCCAAAUUGUUUGGAAAUUUGCCAUAGUAAAUUUUAAUAUAAAACGAUUUACUUAAAAAGUAAAUUCCAAUUUAAAUUUAUAAAUCACUUCCUGUUAAGAUAAGAAUAAAUAAAUUUCAUAAUAAUAAGUAAAUUAACAAUUUAUUAAUAAUAAUCAGUAUAAAUAAUAUCAAUAAUUUAUAUAACAAUAAUAUUAAUAGUAAUAUUAAUAACCAUUGUAAAAUUAUUGGAUUUAAUAAUAAAACCCAUAAUAAUAAACUUAUGAUUAUUAAUAAUAUCAAGCAUUUUUAAUGUAAAAUACAAUGAUGUUCUAUUAGUAACAACAAAUGUAUCCAUUAUCUUAAUAAUUUUAUCAAAAUUAUUAAAAUGAAUAAUAAAAUAAUGCUUAAAUUAUGUAGACAUUAAAGAUGGUAUAACACCAAUCUGACUGA